AUUUAGAAAUGCUUCUAACAACACUAACAAUUGCCAUAUGUAUUCAUCAGAACAUUGCUACAUUCGACAGUAUAGUAUGUCAAAGUUUUAACAGCACAAAAGACAAUAUAAGAGUAGAAGAAGAGGAUGACAUGAUAAGGGAGACCAUAAUAAAGACCAUCCUAUCAAGAUACGACAAAAGGUACCCACCACGGUAUAAUUCAGAAAUUCCCACAGAGGUCAAAGUACAAAUGUAUGUUGUUGGCGUAUUUGGAAUUGACGAAUCAGAAAUGAAAUUUUCUAUGAGUAUGUACCUCAGACAACAAUGGAUAGAUCCACGAUUGACGUUUUCCGCUCCUUCAGAAAUCAGCAGAAUCGAACUAGACCACUCUAUCCAAGACUGUAUAUGGGUUCCUGAUUUAUCGUUCAUGACUGACAUGGAUACACAAAUUCAUGAAGUUACUGUUCCUAACAAGAUGAUGUUUCUACACCCGAAUGGUUUUGUAUCGUAUAGUUUAAGAGUAACUGGAACAUUUACUUGUUUCAUGCACUUACAAACGUUUCCAUUUGACGAACAGUCAUGCUUAUUGGAGAUGGAGAGUUAUGGGUUUUCAGCAUCUACAGUUAGUUUACGGUGGAUGGAGCCUGCUAUGACAUUUAAAGAUGGUAUUGUUAACAGUCAAUUUACUAUAAAAGCAUCUGAAUCAUAUAUUUGUGAUAAGGAAUAUCCAUCAGGAAACUAUACGUGUAUUGGUGUCAACGUAAACCUGAAACGGGAAUAUGGAUUCUAUCUAAUUCAAGUUUAUGCACCAUCUGCAUUAAUAGUUGUGCUUUCAUGGGUAUCUUUCUGGUUGAACACAGACGCUAUACCAGCCAGAGUAUCUCUUGGUAUUUUAACAGUAUUGUCAGUGUCCACUAAUGGUCAUUUCAGUGUAGGAUUAACACAGCGUGUUUCAUAUGUGAGGGCCAUAGACAUAUGGAAUGUUGUGUGUUUGUUGUUUGUUUUCGGUGCAAUGAUAGAAUACGCAUAUGUUGCUAUGAUUGAACGAGUGGAGGAAAGAAGAACAAUAGAACGAUUAAGAACAAUACAGAACCCUCACACAAUAUUGAAUGGACAGGUCAGGAAUACCAAGCAAGACACAAAGAGAAAGGACACUGCAAGAUCUAUUGACAAAUUAUCAAGAGCAUUUUUUCCGCUUGUGUUUAUUAUAUUCAAUAUCAUAUACUGGCUGUAUUAUAUGAUAUGACAUCACAUUUGGCUAAUUGUAGAUUUUACAUAUAGAUUUAUCAGUUGUGACAUUUAUUACUAAUAUAUUCACAUCAACUACAAAAAUUUUUUUGUUGACGUCAUGUCAAAUUUACUAUCAACUUCAACUUAUUUGUUGGCGUGUUUGUUAGUUUUAUUUGUAUGUGUGUUUGAUUUUUUUAGUCAGUUGUGUUCUAUGUCUGUGAUGUAUGUUUACACAGUUUGGGCUGCUGGGUCCCAAUUAUUAUCACAUUAACUUAUUGUGUGUGUUUGUGAUGCUCAUUCAAUUGGGUUCAUAUAACAUAACUAUAAACAACCGUCAUACAAGUUGGUCGGGGUCGUGUUGCUCAGUCUUAGUCAAAGAAAUCACGAUCAUAUAAACGUACUCAGAAGCUUGUUGUUCAGUGGUUGUCGUUUGUUGGUGUGUGUUAAAGGUGUUUCUCGUUUCUAGUUUUUUAUAUAGAUAAGACCGUUGGUUUUUAUGAUUGUAUUGUUUUACACUAGUUUUUUUGGGGCCCUUUAUAGCUUGCUGCUCGGCGUGAGCCAAGGCUCCGUGUUGAAAGCCGUACUUAGACCUAUAAUUGUUAACUUUCUUUACAUUGUGACUUGGAUGGAGAGUUGUCUCAUUGGCAAUGAUACCACAUCUUUAUUUCUAUUGCAUUAUUUUUCGACUUUUUUUUAUAGGAGUUAACCUUUGUUAAUCAAAACACAACUAAAUACUGAAAUAGGUAAAAACAAUAGAAAAGUAAAAAAAACUCAAAGGAAAAUUCAGAACGGAAAGUCCCUUAACAAAUGGCAAAAUCAAAAGCUCAAACACAUCAAACAAAUUGAAAACAACUGUCAUAUUCCUGACAUGGUACAUGCAUUUCCUUAUGUAGAAAAUGGUGGAUUAAACCUUGGUUUAUUGCUAG